CCAUAAAAUAAAAACCUGCACACUGUGCAAGCCGCUGCUUGCAACAAAUGCUCUGUGUGUGAGUUGUUGGUGGUGUCGAUUUCGAAGCCGCAUGCGACGCAUGCGACGCAUGUCACACAGCUGAAGUCGCAAGCGGCUCUUAGCAGCUGACUGGGACCGUGAUUCGAAACGGGGGUUGCGCCCGGCACAAGUUGUAUGCAUCAGCGGGAGACAGCAAAGGCAAAAGCAACUCGUCAGUUGGAAGUGCGUACUUGUCGAGGCAGCACAACGAAAUGCAGUUAAGGCAACACGCUACUGCCACCUCUUUGGAGACGCUCAACGAUGACUGUCUGCUGCUCAUCUGCGCCCAGCUCGCAAUUGGGGAUCAGUUUGCGCUGCUACAGCUGGGCGGCAGGCUGCGGCAACUAGUGCUGGCGAUUUGGCGGCGCAAAUACGCCAGCGCAUUCGAUUGGCAGCGUGAGCCGCAAUUUAAAUGCCUAAGCGCCCGCGAGCAGAGUCAGCUGCUGGGGCACAUGAGCCGGCUGACACGGGCGCUGCUUAAUCUUAGCGUUGGCGAGCACUUGCCGGCCUGGCUGAGUGGCAGCUCGCAACGGAAACGGACACGGAAGCGCAUACGCAUGCCACACAUGCAAAGGCUUAGCUUUAGGGCAUGCAGCUCGGCAGCGCUGCUGCGGCAACUGCCUCGAAUUUGCGAAAACCUUGGCCAGCUGCAGCUGGGCGUCUUUGACAGGCUGACGCCCGCGGAACUCUCCACGCUCUUUGUCCAGCUGCCACGUCUGAGUUUGUUUGAGCUGCUGCCAGGCAGCAUCUGUGGCGCUCCGGCAGUAGCCUUGGCCGACAUUGAAUAUUGCCAAACGUUGCAAACGCUGAAAUUGCCAGCGUGCGCGUUGCGGGCGGCGGGCACGAAAAUAUCACGAAUGCCGCAGCUACGUCAAUUGACAGGCUUCCUUUGCUCCAGCACCUGCCGCUGCAGCAGCAACAUUGACGACGACAAAGCGCAGCCAAAUGCUGGCACCGUGGCCACAGCGACCAUAUCCGCUUGCCUGACGGCGUUGAGCGUUGGCAAAGGUGGUGCUGGUGGUGUCGCCUGUCAAAUUGUGGGGCUGCAUUUGCAAUGCCAACUCGAUGCCAGGCUGCCGCGUCUCCUGGCCGACCACCUGAGUGUGGUGCGGCUGGAACGCAUCGCUUGGCACUCGCAGCUGAUGGUGCACUAUGAUGCCUCCGAUGGCAGCAUCAAGUGGCUGCCGCAGGCGCCGCAAGUGCCGUCCGCUAUGCUCCGCUUUAUUGUCAGUCAGGCGGCGAGCUUGCAUGAACUGGAUUUCAUGCGUAAUGUGCAUGUCACGCCCACAUUUCUUAGACAACUUACCGAGCAACUGGGGCCAGCCAGCGAGCUGCUGGCCGUGUGGCAUGAUGCCUGCCCAAGGGCCCGGAUGUCAGACGAGGAAACGGAUAUGGACAGCAGCAAAAACGACUUGGCGUUUGUGGAGUUGCAAUUGAAACAGUUGGUUAAUGAAAAGGCGAACUGUUGAUAGGCACAAGGGGAUCCAAUCCAAUCAAAAGGGUAUUCUCGACUAAUAGUCGGAUUUAUUAUGUAAGCAAUUUAUUAAGAUAUUAAAACAAACAAACUAAAA